CAAUUCAGUGGAGAAGCAUCGAGCGACACAGAAAGAGUCUACGUCUAAAUUGAAGAUCCGGGAAGGCACUUUGAAGCUUUUGGGUCUUGGGUUUUAGUCUUCUUGCCCAGAAAGUUGAGAGCUUUGUAGGUUGAUAUAUUUCUCCAGAGAUAUACAACUUUGUUUUACCACAGUACCAAGGUACUCAGUUUUGAACAAGGGUCUGGCAAUCAUUUCUUAACUCCUGAUAACGAUCCUGAGUACCCUUAUUGAGUUGAAAAGCUGAUGCCUAGCUUGUAGUAUGGAUGUUCACCAGCUUUUCCAAUACGGUGUUAGUGGUACAGGCCUAUGCUACUCAACUUCUUAUUCUCUUGUUCCUUCUGUAUCUAAUAGUCUGUUUGGUUCCAUGAAAACUGAUAUAGGAAACUCUCCCAAUUCACCCUUUUCAACUCAGUUUGAUUGUGAUACAGUCACUUCAUUGAGUGAUAGCCAGGGGCAGCUCAGCUCCACAGAGAAUCCAUCAGAAAGCAGCCCUACUUGCAUCUCCACACUUGAAUCUAACAGUUUACAUCGAUUGGGUUCCUCUGUGGACUGUUGGCAUGACAGCCAACCAUUCUGUUCUGAAGGAACUUUGUUUUUGCAGGAUGCAAUUUCUAGCCAGAACAUAAAUCAAGCUUUGUGGGAAUUAGAGGUUGCACUAAUGGCACCUGAUGAUGAAGUAACCGCUCGAAAUAUUUCAUAUGCGGGAAGUACCAGGCCAGAGACCUCAGGCCGGAGAUCUAGGGCAUGGAGUCAGGAACACCAAGCAACGCAAGUGGUUCAGCCUCAGCCAUCCACUGUUUAUGGGUAUAACUUAUCAAGUGAAGUUGCUCAUGUUGAGAAACAUCAGAAAGCAAUGGUUGAAUUUUCUCUGCAGGACAUUUCCCCAUACAAUUUGAAGCAAUUAUUGAUUGCAUGUGCAAGAGCUCUCUCUGAAAGUAACAUGGCUCAAUUUGAUAAGUUGAUUGAGAAGGCCAGAGGUGCUGUGUCUAUUUCUGGUGAACCAAUCAAGCGUCUUGGUGCUUACAUGGUUGAAGGAUUGGUAGCGAGGACGGAGGCAUCUGGCUCAAACAUAUACAAUGCCCUUCGUUGUAGUGAGCCUGAAGGCAAGGACUUGCUUUCGUACAUGCAUCUUUUGUAUGAGAUCUGCCCCUACUUAAAGUUUGGCUACAUGGCAGCCAAUGGUGCCAUUGCUGAUGCCUGCAAAUUUGAGAAUCACAUCCACAUUAUUGAUUUUCAAAUUGCUCAAGGGACACAGUGGCUGACCCUCUUACAAGCACUUGCAGCCAGACCAGGUGGAGCUCCUCAUGUCCGGAUUACAGGAAUUGAUGAUCCUGUUUCUAAAUAUGCUCGUGGUGAUGGAUUGGGUGUAGUUGCAAGGCGCUUGGCAGUACUCUCUGAAAAAUUCAAUAUCCCAGUUGAGUUUCAUGGGGUGCCUGUUUUUGCACUGGAUGUCACAAGGGACAUGCUUGAUGUCAGGCCUGGAGAGGCACUAGCUGUGAACUUCCCGAUGCAGCUCCAUCACACCCCUGAUGAGAGUGUUGAUGUGAAUAAUCCCCGGGAUGGGCUUCUUAGAUUGGUCAAGUCACUGUCUCCUAAAGUGGUAACUCUGGUGGAGCAAGAGUCAAACACAAACACAGCCCCCUUCCUCCCAAGGUUCAUAGAAACACUGGAAUACUACUUGGCAAUGUUUGAGUCCAUGGACGAGACUCAGACAAGGGACAGAAAGGAGCGAAUUAAUGUGGAACAGCACUACUUAGCAAGGGAUAUUGUGAAUGUAAUCGCUUGCGAGGGCAAGGAGAGGGUGGAGCGCCAUGAACUCCUGGGUAAGUGGAAGUCUCGGUUUACAAUGGCUGGGUUCAGGCAAUACCCCUUAAGCUCUUAUGUCAAUUCUGUGAUACGGACCCUUCUGAAGUCGAACUCAGAUCAUUAUACACUGGUGGAGAAGGAUGGUGCAAUGUUGCUGGGCUGGAAGAAUAGGAACCUCAUAUCUGCCUCUGCAUGGCACUGAGAAAAAGGGUAAGAGACAUACACAUAUAUACAAGUAGUUGUAGGAAUUACCAAGUUUGUUGUAGAAUCUAUCUCCUCAUUGCUUCAUAUAGAAUAUUUUGCACCCUUUCCUUUAAUGCAGUGACUGCCAAUCUUGUGUAAGAAAUUUCAAGGGUGCAUUCUGUUCUCUUUUAUGAUUCAUGUAUUUAGAAAUUGCAGCUGUACGUGCAUCAUCAGCUGUAUUCGCCAUAGAGUUAUGGAAUAAUGUAGAAUAACUAGUUAUUUCAUUAUUCACAUUCAUCUGUUUGAGGUUUUAUUAGUGGAAAAGACAUGUUUUUGCUGUUCAAAACAAAUGUAAAACUUGCGUUUUAGGCACCAUUUAUGUUUAUAUUCCUCAACCACGAAAAAGCUGCAGCUCAUUUCUGAAGGACAAAAAUUUCACUGUAGUGCUUGUGCCUUUUCUAAGGUGAACAAUGUUCUUCAACGAUCAUGCAUCCAUGGAGGUUGGAUUUGGUUGUAACUAGUGUUUUUCAUCACAUUGUUCAUGAGAAAUUAUUUUUGUAGAAAGAAUGAAUUUCAGAUUUAAGA